CCUCAUACGGGCACUUAGAACUACCAAUAUGGUGGACAUCUUGUGUCAUGGCGAAAUGUGUUGAGCCCUGUGAUUGACAUGGAUGAGGAGGAUUCCUACUCCGAUCCUGCACAAGAAAAGCCACCACAAACCAGCACCAUGGACAACCAGCAAGCUAAUGACAUGGCAGAAGAACUGACUGCCGAGUCAGGCAUGGAACAGACAGAGGACUUGAUCUCAAGGAAGAGGAAAACAGCAGCAAUUAUAGAAAGUGGUGAUGAUGACGAUGAUGAAAGUGAUGAGGAUGACGAAAGUGAUGAAGAGGAGGAUGGAAGUGAAGAUGAUGAUGAUGAUGAUAAUGAUGAUGAUGAAGAUGAGGAUGAAGAGGAAGUUGGAGAAGAAUGGGAAACGGAUGAAGAAGAAGAGGAGGAUGAGGAGGGAGAAGAAGAAAGCCAGGAAGCCUCCACAUUAUUGGAGAGUGACUCAGACGGGGAGGGAGAUAACUGUCCAGUUUGUCUAAAUCGGCUUCGAGACCAGGACAUCGGAACACCGGAGUCAUGUGACCACAACUUCUGUCUUGAGUGUAUCCAGGAGUGGUCAAAUAAUGUGAACACAUGUCCUGUUGAUCGUCAAGUUUUCAACCUGAUCUUUGCAAAGCAUGCUGGAGAAGACAAGGUUUUCCGACGGAUUGUGGUGGAGGACAAGAACAUGUGUGACAUUCCUGAGGAGGAGGAAGAAGACCCCACCUACUGUGAGGUGUGUGGGCGGUGUGACCGGGAGGACAGACUUCUCCUGUGUGAUGGAUGUGAUCAAGGUUUUCACUGUGAAUGCCUGACCCCUGCCCUACAAGAAAUUCCUGUCGAGGAAUGGUUCUGUCCCGAGUGUGCUGACCUCAACAAACAAGGUUCAGAGACAGCGGUCACAGUUGAUGAUUAUGAAGAGGUCAGUGAAAUCAUUCAUGAAAAUGCCGAUAGUUCAGCCACCCCCUUCCUCCGCCCCCGACGGCGACUGGUAGCCAGAACCCGUGUCAUGGAGCGUGUGCGCAGUCAGAUUGCAGAGCUUCGACGGGAACGAGCUCGUAGAUACACUCGUCGUGAAUACAUUGCUGAUUCCACAGAUGAGGAAGACCUAAUCAUGGCGGCUGAUGAAAUGGAGACAAAUGCAGCCUCUGGUGCAGGACCAAGUAAUCCAGCCACAGUCAUGAAGCACAAGACACCAACAAAACGCAAGAAGGCACCAGCAAAGAAAAAAAGGAAGAGAACUACCAAAAAGAAAAGGACCACCAAAAAAACUGGCACUAAACGUAAGAGGAGGAGGACAACAAAGAAGGGAAAGAAAGGCAGAAAAAAGAGGAAAACGAAGAAGACGGCUCGCACAGCCAAAACCAUCAAGAUGGAGAUCCCAACAAGCACGGUGAAGGCGAGGAUAGCCAGAAAUCUGGGUCUCUCCAACCCACCGGUAGGCAGAACUAUCCCACUGCAGAAAGCAUCCGGGGAAAAGACAACAGAGAACAAAAAGCAUGACUCAGGAAUUGCACCGUUGUCUAUCCUGGGACACAGAGAUGAUCUGUAUUCAUUUCAAGAUGAGGAUGCUCCACAGCCAAGUACAUCUGAGGUAACUCAGAGUAAAUCUAGUCGCUAUUCACGAUCCUCCCUCCAGUCCCACAAACCUGUUGGUAAACCAAGAGCCACCACAGCUUCCUCCUCUAGAUGUGCUGCCGACUUGGUCCCCACUCCUGUCCCUGCCACUGGGGGAUUUGAUCUCCUUGGUUCCAUAAUUCAGAAUCAGACAAUUCUGGGGAUGGACAGCAAGAAUGUCACAAUACAGAGAGAUGGCACACUGCUAGCAAAACCAGAGAAAGGGUCCAACAAUAAACCUCAAAAGUGUGAAACCGCCAAGCCAAAAGAGGAAAGUGAUGAAGAAUCUGGGGAAGAUGAAGCAUGCUUCUCGCCAGAAUAUGAGGAUGAAGAAAAUGUUGCUCAGACUGUGGAAACCAACAUUGCAGUGAAGGAGGAAGAUGAUGUGGUGAAAGAGGAAGUCAUACUGGUUCAUUUAGAAGAGAAUAUGGAGAAGGAAAAAGAUGACAGUGAGAAUGAAGAAGAGGAAAUGGAGAGUAAUGCUGAUGAUGGUGAGAGUGAGGCUGAUGACAUUGAUAAUGAGGCUGGUGAGAGUGAGGCUGAUGACAUUGAGAAUGAGGCUGGUGAGAGUGAGGCUGAUGACAUUGAGAAUGAGACUGACAGCUUAAAGAACCAGGAUGACGACCCUAAUAGUGAGGCAGACAACAAUGAUGAUGAUGAAGCUGAUGACAUCAGGAAGGAUGGAGACAAUAUUGAGAAUGUGUCCAGUGACAAUGAAAAUGAGUCUGCUGACAAUGAGAUGGAGGCCUCUGAAAACAGGGAAGAAAACGAAGAGGAGGAUGAAGCUGCAAAUGAUGACAAAGAUGAUGGUUCAUUACAGGCAGACGACACAGUACAGGAGAAACAGGACUGUAACCAGAAUGAAGGUGAAGUUAUGUUGCCAAAGGAAACCUGUGAGGAUGCUGAAAUGAAUACAGAUGAAACUGUUCAUUGUGAUAAAUCAAGAUCUUCCAGUCCUCUGGAUUCUGUCAGAUACCUCGAUAGAGAAGUAACUACAUGUUUAGCAUCUGUUAAUACCAACAGAGAAAAGGAUGAUUCCUCUGAAAAGGACGAGUAUUCAUGCCAAAAUGAUGAGGUUGAAUCUAGGGCUCAGAUCUCUUUUGAUGAGGAAGUUGCAGGAAUAGAUGGCAGUGAAGAGAAAAAUGCAUCAGGUGAAGAAGAGGAGGAGGAUGAGGAGAACCAAGAGGAGGCUGAAGAUGAGGAAGCUACUGGUGAAAAAAGUGAUGAGGAAGAGGAGGAACUGGAAGAAGUUGAGGAGGCUGAUGAAAAGGAAGAAGAGGAAGAAGUAGAUGAAGAGAUGGAAGAAAUUGAAGACGAGGAUGAGGGGGAGGGUGGCGAGGAAGAGGUUGAGGAAGAAACAGAAGUUAAGCAGGAUAUGCCAAGUAAAAAGACCAAUGAUAACCUCAAAGAACAAGAAAGUGGUAGGUUAACAGAAAUAAUAGCUCAAGAUGAGUUAGGAAAUGCAUGGGAUUCUGAUGGAGAUGACCGUGGGGCUACUUGGUCAGAGGAUAAUAUGGAAAAUGAAGAGAGUAAAAAAAGGCAAAAGUCAAAGCAUUCUGGGAAAAAUCGGAAGAGUAGGAAGGGUGACAGUAGAGUAGUAGUGGAGGAAAAUUCUCAAGAUUCUAGUUUAAUGGAAGACGCCCUUCUUCCAAUUUCAGAAUUUCCACGUAUACCAAAGAAAAAACGAAGAAGCAGGUCUUCUAGGAGUGAUCCUGAUCCUGAAAAGGUUAGCUUGAGUAAAAGCAAACAGAGCAAAGAUGAGGAAGAUGAGGAGGAGUCUUUUAAAAGAACAGUAAUGAAAGAGGAGGAUGUGAUAAUCGUUAAAGUUGAAACUGGAAGAAAAUUACAUGAACUUAAGACAGAGAAAAAGGAAGUGAGGGAAAUCUCGGAGAGUAGUUCAAGAAGAGAACGUGAUGAUAGAAAAGACUCUAAAAGAGGUCAUGAUCGAGAUAGAGAUCGGGAUAGGGAAAGGGAUGGAUCAAGUAGGCACAAACAUAGGCAUGAUAGGUACAAGUCACGCAGCAGGUCACGUGACAGACGCGACAGGUCAAGGUCAAGAGACCGAUCGAGAAGGUCAAGGUCAAGAGAAAGGAAACGCUAUGAACGGAGUAGAUCUCGAUCAUGGGAACGACAUCACAAGAGACGAAGGCGGGAUAGGAGCAGAGAGAGGGAAAAAGUGUCCCGUCGAAGUAAAAGUCCAAGCAGAAGGAUGCAAGAGAAAGAAAAUAGGUUUAGUGGGGAUGAUAAACGUCAAAAACGUCGUGAGGAAAAGGUUGAAAGAAAAGAGGAAGUAACUCUCUGGACAAAAAAACCUCGUUUAGUAUCGGAAGGUACUGAUAGCAGUGAUAGGAAGAAAGUGAAAUCACCAGAGCAUAGUGCAAAACAUUCUGAGGAUAGUAAGCUAGGUAGAAGUGAUGAGAAUGCUAAUAAAAAUAGUGCUAUUUCUGAGGAUAUGCGAGAACGACUUAAGAUUCCUCCUCUUAUGUCUCGGAAAAUCACAGUGGUAACAAGUAAGAAACCAGACAUUGAACAAAACCAACCAAUAUCUGUCAUUACAACUGAAAAAACACAAAACAUUAAGGUGAUAGGCAGUCAGCAACAGAAAGGGAAUGAAUCUCCCUCUGAAGUGAUUGACUUCAAGGACACGGACGAUGAGGAAGUAUCUGAGGACAAGGCAACGGUCCAAAACAUCUCAGCCAUCCAGAUUCCACCGCUGAUGUCAAGGAACAUCACCCUGAACCGACCCAUGGAAAGUGCUGGAGAGUAUGAUCCAGCCUUUCCCACAGAUGACCCUGAAGAAUCUAGUCCUCCCCUCCCUCCACUGGACACAGAGCAAAUGAUAUACAAUGUGCCCCCUCCACAGAUGUCCUUCCCUCCACAUAUGAUUGAGGAGGGAUUUGCUGCUCACCAGCGUCUCUCUCCACUUCCGCCUCACCAACCCCCUCCCCCAAGUCAGAGUAUUCUAGGGGAAGGAGGUACUCUCCUCAUGCCCACUGGUGAUCAUCAACAAUCUCUCAUACAGCAGCAAAAUGUGCCUCCGAUGCCACUAGGUAUGCGGAUGUUACCACCAGGUUUUCAGCCAGGCAUGCCUCCCCAGAGGCAAAUGAUGAUUAACCCAAUGUUAAUCAAUAGGGGGCCAUUCAGCAGAUUCCCCAGGUUUCAGACAGGCCACCUGCCACAGUUUAGUCUUCAAGUGCCAACGAGUGGUGGCAUGAUGCCACUACAGAACCGCUUUGGUCCUCGUAUGGCACAUGGAAACCUUCCAGGACAGCCUAAUCUUGUCAAUGGAGGAUUUGAACCUAUGCCGCCAGAGUCUGGACCUCCACCCCAAUUCCAGCAUAUAUUACGAGGGCCAAGUGAUCCACGUAUGAGCCAUGACCCUCGGAUGCAGGGCCCACCGCCAGGACCUCAUCCACGACACCUGUCAAUACAGGAAUCUAGCAUUCCUCCCCUGCUGCCUGAGCUUGACCUCAGGGACAGGCUGCCUGGGGGACCAGGGGAACAACAUAGAGAGGGUCCACCUCAAAGUCUCCAGGGUCUUAGUCAGAUGGAACAGAUAACGCACAUAACCAAAAUUCUCAAUGUACAGGCCCAACUAGCCAUGAUGGCCAAAGAAAAUCAUCCUGGGGAAGCUCCUGGAAAUGAAACAAAUGGGGAUGAUGUAUUCAAGGUGCCACUUCCACCUCUUGGGGGUGGCAAACAAAAACUAGUCUUAGGUGGUGCUAUGAACUCAAAUGGAAAGGAGGAGGCGGAAACCAUGGAGGUGGUCGAUAUGGACAUGUCGUCACCCUUAGAUGACGGAAAUAUUGAGCUCCAUCUAACACAGGACAAAAAUAACGAUAGAAAUAUGUUUGGCAGCUUAGGAAGUGAUUCUAGUUCAAAAUCCUCGGACAGACGGAGUAAAAGAGACAAGAAGGGGUCAGAUAGUCAUUCAGGUAAAGUGCGGUUUAAGGGUGCACGUGACAGUGAAGAACGGACUAGUAAGUCUUCGCGAGUGAAAGUGAAAGAGAAAAAAUAUAAACCAACAGAGGAUGAAAUGGACGAUGUCAUGUUUGAUGAUAUAAUGAACGAUAUGUCGAACGAUGAAAUGCCAUCUUCUGCUGUGGAAUUAACAAAUAAAGAAAAGUACCUGAAGAAGCUACACCUCCAGGAGAGGGUGGUGGAUGAGGUGAAGGUUGCACUCAAACCAUUCUACAACACAAAGCAGGUCUCUAAGGACCAGUACAAGGAAAUCCUCAGAAAGGCUGUACCUAAGGUGUGUCACAGUAAGAGUGGAGAUAUCAAUCCUGUAAAAAUUAAAGUGUUAGUGGAAGCUUAUGUGUCCAAAUACAAACGUGAUGCUCCUAAAAAGUCUACAGUGAAGCAUGCAAAGGACAGUGCCGUGAAAGCUAAUGGAGAGGUGAAAACGAAGAAAAAAUCAAGUCGAUAGCACAACUCAGAACUUGUAGUGUCUCCAUUUUCAAAUUGUUUGUGGAGAAAAUUCAUAUAUAGAGUUUUGCAAUGGAAUGAAGUUUUUUUAUAUUUAGAUUUUCCUGUGAAUGUGUGAGUUGAAUGUAAUUUUAGGGAUUUUCUACACAGUAGAGAGGGAGAGUGUAUUAUAUGUGUAUGUCAGUUGGGAGGUAGAGAGUAUCAUCAGGGAAGCAUGCAAUUAAUGUUUUAUGGUUGUUACCACAGUUAAUCUGUCCAAGUUUUUGUGUUCCUUCGACUUUGUACCGGGUAUUUGGUUUUGUAAUAUAAUAUUCACUCACAACAACAAGACAAUACUUUGUAUCAAAGAAACUGUGUUAAUGACAGUGUUCAAUCUUUUAUGUAAAAGUGAUAUUUUUGAAGAUUCUAAUCCAUGCCAUCAUUGUUAAAAAAAUUGCACUCAUUGAUAAUUCUUCAUGUAUAAUGCUAUAAAUUUGCUGUGUCAAAUAUUUUGCAUUCCUUUAUUUUUGGGGAUAUAAUUUGGCUAAAUUAAAACAUUUUUUUGGACGCCAAAUCAGUAGUUCAAAGAAGAAUUUAAUGGUCACAAACAGUUCAUUUAAAUGUCAUGCAAAAGGUAGCACUAUACAGUGGCUUUGCUAAUGUUAUAGACUGUUGGUGGAACAAGUGUCAGCUUUUGUUUUAAUUGGUGUAGUU